CGCUACAGUAUUCCACCAGAUAGCAUCGCUCAAACAGAUCACGCCACUCUCUGGGUCCUUUUUUGCACUGCUGAGGCUUUGAACAUGUCUGGAAUAACUGAUCCCUAUGAACUAUACAAGUGCUACCACCCCUCUGAAGUUGGCACUUGUGUUGGCAGCGGCAUGGGUGGCGCGGAAAGUCUCACACAAAUGUUCAAAGACCGUCACAAAGAGAAAGACAUUCAGAACGAUAUCUUGCAGGAGACUUUCAUCCACACUACUGGAUGUAUUAACCUUCUUCUGAUGUCUUCUAGCAGCCUGGUGAAGAUUCCUGUUGGUGCUUGUGUGACUGCACUCCAAUCACUCGAGAUUGCCUCUGAUACACUGUUAUCUGGGAAGGCGAAAGUCAUGAUUACUGGUGGCUUCGAUGAC